CACGGCGCAUGCCUGGGGCAGAUGCCGGCCGGUUCCAACCGGGAGAGAGCGAAGCUUUUCGGGUCCUGCGAAGAGGAGGAGCCCAUCUUCCUCCUCCUCUUCUUCUUCCUCCUCGCUGCGCAUCCCCCCCCGCCUUCUAUCUCCCCCAGGAAAAGUUACAGACCGGGGGACGGGGCACGGUGCCGGCGUGGGGACGGAUGUGGGGCCGCGUGGGCUCGGGGAGCACUCGAUGCGUGGAUGGGAACCGCGCCGCAUGAGUCACCGCGGAGCGCGCACGCUGCGCCGCAGCCCACCGGGACGCGCACCUCUCGCACCCACCCGCGGUCGUGUCUGCCCGUAGGGCUCCGCGCAUUCGCAGCGACUGUUCCAGAAUGGGAACGCGGAAAGAAAGAAAGAAUGGAAGAAAGCGGCGUCCCCGUGCGCGGAUGCAGAGGAGAGAUGCGCGGCCCGCGGGAGGAAACCGCCCCCCGCGCAGGGACGCGCCGUAGUAAUUUGCAAAGGGGCGGCGCGGGUGAUGGGGGUGGGAGGUGGGCAGGCGGCCCGCCCCCCCCGAUCACAUGGCGACCCCGCGCAGCCAAUGCGGGGGGUUCUCGGACCCCGAGGACCCGCGGCCCCCCCGCCCUAUAAAUGCCUCUCCAAAAUGCAGCGCAGCUCCUUUCUCCCGUCCCGCCCGGUUGCGCUGCUCCGCGCCCCGCGCAGCUGCCCGCGGGUCUCCGGCCCUGCUCCGCGCUCCGCUCCUCCCCCCCUCCCCCCCUUUUUUUCUUUUUUUUUUUUUUUUUUCUUUCCCCCUCCCCUUUCCCCUCUCCCCGUUUUUCUCCUCCUUCCCUCCCCGCGCCCCGUUUGCAUGCAUUGUCUGUCUCCCAAGAUGGUUUGUGAGACCAAGAUCGUGGCGGAAGAUCAUGACUCAAUCCCGGGAGCCAAAAAAGACACCAUCAUUGUUUCUUCCUCCCAAAUGUGGCCCACCCUCUCGGGCUCCCCCUCCUCCCCCCCUGCUCCCCUCGGUACCCCCAAAGAAGAACCCAAACGCGACAACGUCUACAUCCGUGAAUUCCACCCCUCCGAACAGGAGGUGGUGCGCCGCAUUUUCUACGAAGGUAUCAUGGAGCGGAUCCCCAACACGGCCUUCAGGGGGUUAAAGCAGCAGCCCCUCACCCAGCUGCUCUACGCGCUGAUGGCGGUAAUGUGCUUUGUUGUGACCAAGUCCUUCCUGCUGACCUGCUGCUUGCCCAUCUUUCUGAUGGGCAUGAGGUACUACUUCAGCAGAAAAGUUAUCCUCCACUAUCUCGAUUGCGCGCUGCAUACGGACAUGUCUGAUAUCGAGCAAUAUUACAUGAAACCUCCAGGUUCCUGCUUCUGGGUGGCUGUCCUGGAUGGCAACGUGGUGGGGAUCGUGGCAGCGCGGGGCAAUGAGGAGGACAACACGGUGGAGCUGCGCCGCAUGUCUGUCGACUCCAACUACCGUGGCAAGGGGAUUGCCAAGGCCCUGGGCCGCAAGGUGCUGGAGUUUGCCAUGCUCAACAACUACUCCUCCGUCGUACUGGGGACCACAGCUGUGAAGAUGGCGGCCCACAAGCUCUACGAAUCCUUGGGCUUCAAGCACGUGGGUGUGGUUGAACAUUAUGCGCUCCCGGGGAUGACGCACUCCUUGCUGGAGAGAAUGUUCUUCCAGCUUCGCUACCACCGCUACCGCCUGCAGCUCCGUGAAGAAUAAAACCCAACCACUGAGCAAAAAAAGCUAUUUUUCUCCUCCCCCCCCUCCAAAAAAAGAAAAAUAAUAAUAAAUUACCCUUCUCUUUCUUGUCACCGUUUAUUUGCCAAUUUUGUCUCCCCUCCUUGCUCCCUCAUCUCAUCCUGGCUUGCUCCGUGCAGCCUGGUGGCCCAGCCUUGCGUGCUGGAUGCGGUGGGGCUGGAAGUCAGCAUCCUGCAGCCCAGCCUCCCAGGGACCGACAGAAAGCACAGAACCUUCCCUGCAACGUCGCACCGCCACUCCGGUGCGCCCAGUGUUCUCCUUUUCCAAGUGUAAGAUAACAUAGCGAUGCGUUCAUCAUAGUGCAGAGAAAAUUACUUGAAUGCAGUUUUCAAUAUUUCACGCACCAGUAAGUAUAGAAUAUGCAUUCAUCUUACCUUUAUUUACUGGGUAAUAGUUUCCAAGGAAAAUGUGGGGGGCAGCCCCCAGCCCAACCCGCUUGCUGCAAUGCAUGAAGAGGAAGCGUGUGCACGCACUCCAACACAUCGCACUGCCACCGCGGCACUGAUGUUGCACUUUUUUUGGAUGUGCCUCAUCCUGCCAAAUGUCUGAGAGCCCCUCGGCGUGUCGGAACCACCACAGCUCCAUCCUCAUCUCCUUCCUAAGACAGCAACCAGACUUGAUCCGUCCGAACUCUGAGCCCCGAUGUAACAUAGCCGAAGUGAAGAUCAGCCCCAUCUAUCUCCUGCGCUACCGUCGCCACGUGUGACCUGCAGUCCUGGGCCAGGCUCCGCAUGUGACUUUCUCUUUGCUGCCUUUUGGGGUGGGUGUUCUUUUUGUUUGUUUGUUUGGUUUGAUUUUAUUAUUUUUAAUUUCUGUUGUUGUUCAUUUUUAGUUCUGGCUUUUGCUGAAUGGUGUCAUUGAGGCAUAAUGGAGGCUGCAGUUCCUAUGGUAACACAUUUGCACAUUAAUGUGCGCACCAACUCCGAGCACUUCAGAGAAGCAAUGUGACAGAUAAUAGCAUUUUGGGGAGCUCUGGGGGGUGGGGGGCACGUACUUAUUAUCUUAACCAGCUGCUUGUUUGAUCCAUGUAGAUGGCCUCACUGCAGCCUGCCAUAAAAGGUAAUUAACCGCUUUAAUGAUGUCAGAUUUGUGAAUUGUACAAUGCAAAAAGCAAUGCAAAGCAGAUCCGGCAUGUGUCUGUACCCAGUAUGUAUGUACAGUGCCUGCCAACUAAGAGUAACCAAGGCUACAGCUUCUCCUAGCCUGAAAUAUCAACUUUUAUAACUUAUUUAAACAAAUAGCAACUUUGCAUGAAUUACGUCUUGGGGGGGAAGGGAAAAAAAAAGAAGUUGAGUAGAUUUUACUUUUAAAACGUGGCAUCAGAAAUAUAAAGAGAAACACUUCUGGCUGCACUUAAUUUGGGGUGGGUGGAGGGGUUUCAGCUAUGUUAACACCUUCAAAGGGAAAAGCCCUUUCACUUAGUUCCUGGGGGAAAAGAAGUAGUUACUAUUUCACGACUUAUGAGUGUAGGGGGGGAGAUGUUCACGAUCAACUUGGAGAGAGGAUAAGGGACGUAUCAACAGCUCUGAAAGCAUCCCAGUGUGCGGGAGGGGUGGUGGGCAGGGUGGUGUGGGGUCCCAUCCCUGGGCAGGACAGCACCAGGGCAGCCCCUUCCCCAUAUGUGGUGCCAGCAAUAAGGGGGGAAGGGGCGGAGGAGGGGUGCUGUAGCGUGAGGUUAAUUAAUGCCAUUUCUGUAUGGGGCACUCUAUUUUUAAGUCUUACUAUGCUGUACAUUUCUCCUGAAGCUGAAAUAAUGUACUGUUGGUUGGGGGGUUUUGUAUAGUGUACAGAAAUGGGCAGAAUAUUUUCUUGCUGCUUUCAGUGAUUUAUUAACCUAAGGAAAAUAGACAACUAUAAAGUGUUAGUGAAAGGGAAAGGAAAAAGAAACACAAAACAGUUUGUGCCUUUUUUAGUUUAUUUUUCUGUUGCUAUAUAAUCACUGCACUAAAAUCUUUCCAGAGGGGAAAAAAAAAAACAAACAACACACAACUAGUCUCUUAAUAAGGGAGGAAUACGUAAAGCCUAAACUGAGCAUUAGUUUUUUUUUAUUGGAGUAUUUAAUUGAAAGAAUGUUGCUGGUUUUAUUUCAUACUUGUGCCUUUGUAAUGAAACCACUGCAUCAUCAUAUCAGAAACGCCAAACCUGGAAUCAAUUGCACCAGAUCCCACAGACACAGAAGUACCAGCAGCCUACCGGGAUUGCUUUUAAGAUGAGCAAACUGAAGCUGGUGAUGGCAGAACCUGCUGGUGAUAUCUGCUGGGUGCUGGGGAUGUGCUGAGUCUUUGCCACUUGGCUACCAGUUGCCCAGCGAAGUUUGUCUCGGAACGCUUUCAAGCGUUGCUCUGUGACCUGUGGCUUUUUGGAAGAAAUCCAUCCCUUGCUCCCACUGCCAUCCAUCCUGGGCAGCUGGUUCUGGGAGGGAGGGGCUGGCUGUCAGGCAUGCUGCUUUGUGCUUGCCAAAGAAGAUGAACAGGGCUCAUAGGUGCAACACUGCUGGUGCUUCCCUGGCUGGGCUGUUUUUCACUGGACAGCUCUUAUGUGCCAGUGUGGCAUCCAUGUAGCAGUAGGGAGGAAUAACUCCAGUGUGAUGUUUAGAUGCUGACCUGGCUGAUCCGUCAUAUACUGUGCCCCACUUAGGCUGCACCUAUUCAAAUGGUGCCAUGUGGAGGAGAAGUCAGAGCCUGUGUUCUUUUCCCUGGCUCAGGCAUCAUUUUGCUGCUCCCAGUUCAGCAGCAGGCACAGAGCAACACAGGGUGGUUCUGGGCUUGGUCCUGGCCGGAAGAUCUGGACCAACUGACUGGAUUCCUUGAAAACCUAAUUGUCAUCUAAUCCCAACAGCAACUCUCAGCAGAGGUUUCUCCUGACUAAUGUUGGUGGUUUCUGCCUAAGCGCAUCUAUAGCAGGAGCAGAGGAAGAGCAGUACAUCCCUUGUAAAGCUUGGCUUGGAGUUCAGCCUUCCUUGGUGAAUGUGAAACCACUUCAGGGCCAGGCAAAGCAGCUGGAUAACUGCAGGGUUGUCCUCCAGCUGUGUGAGGCACCUGCACUUUGUUGUUCCAUGGGUUGCAUCUGCUGCCCUUGCAUUGCAUGGUGAUGCUGUCCUCCCUUUAGCACCGUGGCUGUUCUGCUCAUCCUCACACAGUGGGCUCUGCUCACGUGUCCUCAGCUUGAAGCCAGAGAUCACCUGGGAGAGCAACUAGGGGUGGUGCAGAAGACUCUUUUUUAAAAGAUAGUAGGAAAUUUUGCGUUGUAGUGGCUCAGGAAUUGCCCUAAGUGAUGAGUUCCCUUGGAGACGAGCAGGGACACUCCGCACAUCUCAAGCAAACAGCAUUCCAAGCUCACAUCAUGUUUGUCAAUAAGGUCUAUGGGGAACUCAGCCCCUGGAUGCAGGCAGGCCAGCAACGAAGAAUGUGGUUUCCAAUUUUACUUGCAACCCCUGCACUGCUGUUUAUUGUCAGCUCAUGCCAUGUCCUCCCUUGAGUGAAGGCGGCAGCACUUGUGAGAUGCUCAGAGCUGUGCAGUGCUCCUGGCUGCAGGGACAUCUCUGCUUCUCCCUUGUGUUGCUGUCACUGCACCCAUGGUCAAGGUGCACCAAAGAGGUCAGUGGGAGUCCCAGGGUGAGAUUCCCCAAGGAAAUUGGGAUUUUAGGAAUCCCAGUCAGGAGAAUCCACUGCUCACUGAGUCUUUUUGAUCCUCCGUGCAAGGCUGCUGCCUUUUAAUUUGGUACAUUUCCUGGCUGAGGUGCAAAUGGAUAGAGAGUGACUGCAGGGAUCCCAGAGCUGCCAAAUACACGAGGGUAGGAACCAGCUCUGGUUACUUCUGAAUUAACAAUCUAAUUUUAAAUUUGCUGGGAGCCUGCGUUUCAUUAGCGCUGGUAUAAUGCUGUUGGUAUGCACUCUCUUUAAAGCUUAAUAAAGGCAUUUUAAUUCCAAGCUAACUGGAGUCUUGCGGUGGAAUGUACUGUACCGCAUAAAGAAAAUGAAUGGAUGCAAGCUAUUAAAUAAGCUUUAACAUGCAAAAGGAUCUUUUUUUUUCCUUUUUUUUUUUCUCCCAGAAAAAAUCCUGAGCAAAAUCCUGAGCAAAACUGUGCUCUUGCACUCCUCAGUAACAGAAACUAUGCACAGAGAUUAGUUAUCUCCCACUGAAAAGCUGCUGCCUGCAAUCUCCUUGUGAGUACCUUUCAUUCAGAAUCAAAGGAGCCAGAGAAUCCUUUGAACAAGUUGGUUAGAACACAGUGUGGCUAAAAGCAGAACCUGUAAGGCAGCUUAAGGAAGGAGACAGACAAUUUAGCAGAGUCUGCUAUGAUAGGACAAAGGGAAAUGGUUUCAAACUGGAACAGGGGAGAUUUAGAUUGGAUAUA